CAUCGCUAACUAUAUCUUAUAAAUAUUUUGCUAUAAGUUGUGAUUAACAACAUUUAGUUCAAAUGAAAACAGUUAAACAGAAAAUGAAAUAAAAAGUUAAACAAAACAAACAAAAAACUGCAGAAAUUUUUUUAUGGACUUCUUGUGGCAAAAAUGCGCUAAAGAAUGAACACUCAGAGCAACAAACAGAGUUGUAUUCAUAAGAUAAGGGAAAUUAAAUUAGAGGUACUUUAUAUCGAUAAAGAUUAUGAUGUACUCAAAGAGAUCGGUUCCGGUGAUUAUGGAAAAGUCAUUCUGGCUGUACAUAGAGAUACCGGUUCUGAGGUGGCGUUAAAAGCUGUGCCAAAGGCCACGACACCAAUAAAGGACUUCUUAAUGGAGUUUCAUUACAGUUAUUUCCUUUCGCCACAGAAAAACAUUUUAGACACCUAUGAUGUGGCCUUUGAAACACAAGAACAUUAUUAUUUUGCUCAAGAAGUGGCACCGUUUGGUGAUCUCUGGCAGGCGGUCGAGAGAACCAACGGCGUCGGUCUGAAUGAACGAGACGUCAAAAUUGUUGUAGAGCAGAUCAGUUCGGCGCUGGAGUUCAUGCACGACAAGGAAUUGGUUCACCGGGACGUCCGUGCCGAAAAUGUUUUAAUUUAUUCGCCAAACUUAACAAAAGUCAAAUUAACUGACUUUGGGUUAACACGAAAAGUGGGAACUUUAGUCAAAAAGAGAGUCAAAUCGUUGCCUUCGUGUCCGCCAGAAGUAUGGGAAGCGGUUCUCUUAGAAGGAUAUAAUAUACAAGUGGGUAGUGAUGUCUGGCAGUUAGCAAUGAUGAUCUACGUAUGUCUGACCACUCACUUCCCGUGGGAAAAGGCAGACAUAACUGAUCCAAAAUUCACUGAAUUCGUUCAAUGGAGCAAAAGAAAGACCACAAGAACACCAAAAGAGUUUAGAGGAUUCUCUCCCCGAUUCUUGAGACUCGUUCGCCGACUCAUGGAUUUAAAACCAACCAAACGAUAUCCCGUAACCGAAAUUAAUAAAUAUCUAAGAGAUCGAUGGCUAAUCCAAAGAUCUCCAAGAGCUUCAUCGGUGCACAGGUCAUCUUCACAGAGUGAACUAAAUGGCGGUCGAGUUUCACGCAGUCAUUCUUGUGGACAAAUACUACAACAUCGAGGAGACCAAAGAAGCAACUCUUAG